GGCUGGCGGGACCGGCGGGGUCACGUGACGCCCGGCCCGGAAGCGCUAGUGCUGGCGACCCCCGGGUGUCGGGGCCCGGCACCGCUGACUGGAUCGAGCCCAGCGUCCGCCGCCAUGGCCUGGACCAAGUACCAGCUGUUCCUGGCCGGGCUCAUGCUCGUUACCGGCUCCAUCAACACACUAUCGGCAAAAUGGGCAGACAACUUCAUGGCCGAGGGCUGCGGAGGGAGCAAAGAGCACAGCUUCCAGCAUCCCUUCCUCCAGGCAGUGGGCAUGUUCCUGGGGGAAUUCUCCUGCCUGGCUGCCUUCUACCUCCUCCGGUGCAGAGCUGCAGGGCAAUCAGACUCCAGCGUGGACCCCCAGCAGCCCUUCAACCCCCUUCUUUUCCUGCCUCCAGCACUCUGUGACAUGACAGGGACCAGCAUCAUGUAUGUGGCUCUGAACAUGACCAGUGCCUCCAGCUUCCAGAUGCUUCGGGGUGCAGUGAUCAUAUUCACUGGCCUAUUCUCGGUGGCCUUCCUGGGCCGGAGGCUGCUGCUGAGCCAGUGGCUGGGCAUCCUCACCACCAUCGCAGGGCUGGUGGUCGUGGGCCUGGCUGACCUCCUGAGCAAGCAUGACAGUCAGCACAAGCUCAGCGAAGUGAUCACAGGGGACCUGUUGAUCAUCAUGGCCCAGAUCAUCGUCGCCAUCCAGAUGGUGCUAGAGGAGAAGUUCGUCUACAAACACAACGUGCACCCACUGCGAGCAGUUGGCACUGAGGGCCUCUUUGGCUUCGUGAUCCUCUCCCUGCUGCUGGUGCCCAUGUACUACAUCCCCGCCGGCUCCUUCAGCGGGAACCCUCGUGGGACACUGGAGGAUGCGCUGGACGCCUUCUGCCAGGUGGGCCGGCAGCCGCUCAUUGCCAUGGCACUGCUGGGCAACAUCAGCAGCAUCGCCUUCUUCAACUUUGCAGGCAUCAGCGUCACCAAGGAACUGAGCGCCACCACCCGAAUGGUGUUGGACAGCUUGCGCACUGUUGUCAUCUGGGCACUGAGCCUGGCACUGGGUUGGGAGGCCUUCCAUGCACUGCAGAUCCUUGGCUUCCUCAUACUCCUUAUGGGCACCGCCCUCUACAAUGGGUUGCACCGACCGCUUCUGGGCCGCCUGUCUAGGGGCCGGCCCCCGGCAGAGGAGAGCGAGCAGGAAAGACUACUGGGUGGCACCCGGACUCCCAUCAAUGAUACCAGCUGAGCUUCCCUAGAGGCUUCUACUGCCACCUGGGUGCUCCACCCUGAGACUAAGGCCACACAGGCUGGUGGACCUCCAGUGCCCUGUCCCCAAGGCCUUGCCCUAUCCCCUCCCUACAGAACAACACCCAAUCCUCUUUUUCUCACCACCACCUGCAGGGUAGUGUUACCCAGCCCCCAAAGGCCUGAGUGCAGUGACAGACCCCAGCUCUGGGCCCCCUCCUACAGCACUAGAGCUAAAUUACGAAGUUGAAUUGUAGGAAUUUACAACCCUAGCGUCUGAAUCAUAAACUAGACUACCAUAAUUAUCUAGUUUAUGAGUCACAGUUAGAUUUGAUUCUCCAAAGAAGAAAAGUCAGUGAGCAAAUUUAAACCAGAACUAAGCAUUAUGUUUUCUUUUUUCUUUCUUUUUUUUUUUUUUUUUUGAGAGACAGUGUUUUACUCUGUCACUCAGGCUGGAGUGCAGUGGUACAAUCUUGCCUCACUAGAACCUCUGCUUCCUGGGUUCAAGUGAUUCUCCUGCCUCAGCCUCCCAAGUAGCUGGGAUUACAGACACCACUACACCUAGCUAAUUUUUGUAUUUUUAGUACAGAUGGGGUGUCACCAUGUUGGCCAGGCUGGUCUCGAACUCUUGACCUCAGAUGAUCUGCCUGCCUCAGCCUCCCAAAGUGCUGGGAUUACAGGUGUGAGCCACCAUGCCCGGCCAGAACUAAGCAUUAUGUUUUCUAAAACUUCUAAAAUCCUCCCUAAACCUGUCUGGAUAUCUGGGUUUUAACCCAGACUCUCCCUCAAACUCACGCACAUUACCUAAUUGCUCUGGGCCUUGAUGUUAUGCUCUGGGAAGUAGAUGUUGAUGCUGUGGCCUUAGUGCUUUCUGGCCCCAGCAUUCCAUGGGCCUGUGAUCUUGACCAACCUGAGAAAACAGUAAUAGCCCAUCCACUGGAAAUACCCCUCUACCCACAGCCCCUCCCUCCUGUGCUAAGUUUUUUUUGUUUUUUGUUUUUAAGAGUCUUGUUCUGUCACCCAUGCACAGCUUACUGCAGCCUAAAACUCCUGGGCUCAAUCAGUCCUCCUGCCCCAGCCUCCCAAGUAGUUAAGACUAACAAAUAUGUACCACCAUGCCUCGUUUAUUGUUUUAUUUUUUUUUUUUGCAGAGAUGGGUCUCACUGUGUUGCCCAGGCUGAUCUCAAACUCCUGGCCUCAAGUGAUCCUCCCAUCUUGGCCUCCCAAAGUGUUGGGAUUACAGGCCAGAGCCAUCACACUUGUCCCUGUUUUCCUGUCCUCACUCUCACCUCUGAGGCCUCCCCUGACUGGGAGAUAUUACAGGGGAAUUGCAGGCAGCCUGUGUUAAUUGUUUUUAUGAACUCUACCUGCUACUUAAAGACAAGGAAACUGAGGCCCAAAGUUCUAGGUUGUUUGGCAAAUGGAUCUUUUACCCUCAGGUCCUACAAGGUCCUGGGGGAGCCUCAGUUCCAGCAGCCACAUGAUUCUGCAGCAGACUGGGACCUAGAGCACAUCUGGAUCUCAGCCCCACCCCUGGCAAACUGCCUGCCUAGAGAACCCCCAAAAUGACAGAUUCCCCAGGAUUCCACCAUUUAGAGUAAUUCUGGCAUCCUGGGCAUUGUGUUAAGUAGCUUAACUUUCAUUCUGUCUGAGAACAGCCUUCAGAGGUAGGGACAGAUGAAGAACCUGUGCCCCAGAGAAGGUUAGGUGACUUCCUCAUGGAGCCAGUAUUCCAACCUAGGUUUGCCUGACACCGACCUGUGGCCCCACUUCUCAUGCUGGUCUCUGUGGAGUCUUUGGGAUGGAUCUCUUAGGGCUGGGCUGGAAGCCUCAUGUACUGUUGUCCUCUAGGUAACCUUACCCUGAAGAGAAGGGGUGGCAUCAGGAACCGCAGGGAACUGAGCAGCCUCUUUCCAGUGCUGCUCCUUGAAACAGUUGAGUGCAGCCUCAAGCCAUUUUCCUGGGCAACUCAGUCAUAAACAAAACACCAAAUGCAGAGCUGUUGACAAGUGAAGCCCUCAGGUUGUGUGGGAUUCCAGCAGGUUAUUAUAGCUUGUUGGGGGGAGGGAGGGUCCAUUCCACCAGCUUUGAAUCCCAGGGUCCCCUGAGCUUCUCUGACACAGUGUCUAGCCCAGAAAGAAAGAAGUGGACAGUGAGGAUGAUGGAGAGAUUACAACUGCCUUGUGUAAAACCUGGGAUCUUAGAGUGUUAUUUUGGACUUUAUUUUUUAAGAAAAGAAAAGGAAAAUUGGCAGUGGUAUUAGUCCAUUCUCACAUUGCUAUAAAGAAAUACCAGAGACUGGGUAAUUCUUUAUAAAGAAAAAAGGUUUCAUUGGCUCACAGUUCUGCAGGAGGUGCUACACACUUUUUAAACAACCAGAUCUCACAAGAACUCACUCUCAAGAGGACAGUACCAAGUGGGAUGAUGUUAUACCAUUUAUGAGAAAUGCGCCCCCAUGAUCCAGUCACCUCCCACCAGGCCCCACCUCUGAGAUUGGGGAUUACAUUCCAAUACGAGAUUUGGGUAGGGACACACAUCCAAACUAUGUCAACAGUAUUGGACUUUUUUCAUGAAAGAGAAGGGGACAAGAGGGUAUCUGGAGCUAGCUUCUAGAAUGUUGGUAUGGAAAAACUCUCUAAUGUAUGAAAAGCAUACCAGUUGCCUAGUCUUCCAUUUAUUGUUCAGAUGAAGAAACUAAAACCCAAAAAGGGGAAAGAACUUCCCCAGGGUCACACCGCCAGUUACAGGCAAAAGCCAGAUGUCCUGGUUCUCAGUCUUACCUGUCCCAUUCUGCCACAGAUAGUGCAGCCAGAGGCUGGGUGCAGUGGCUCACACUUGUAAUCCCAGCACUUUGGGAGGCUGAUGCAGGUGGGUCACCUGAGGUCAGGAGUUCAAGACCAGCCUGGCUGACAUGGCCAAACCCCAUCUCUGCUAAACAGACAAAAAUAAGCCAAGCGUGAUAGCACAAUCCUGUGAUCUCAGCUUCUCGGGAGGUGUGCAGUGAGCUGAGGUCAUGGCACUGCACCCCAGCCUGGGUGAGAAUGAAUAUCUCAAAAAAAAAGCUUAAGAAUAAAGAUAAAAAGAAAAAUUGUUUUUGUAUAGCUGUACAAUGUGUCUAAGCUAAGUGUUAUUACAAAAGAGUCAAACAUUUUAAAGUUAAGCUUAUAAAGUUAAAAAGUUAUAUUAAGAUAAGGUUAAUUUAUUAUUGAAAAAGGAAAAUUUUUAGAGACAGUCUUGCUCUGUUGCUGUCACUGGAGUGCAGUGGCAUGAUCCUAUCUCACUAUAGCCUUAAACUCCUGGGCUCAAGCGAUCCUCCCGCCUCAGCCUCCCAAGUAGCUUUCACUACAGGGAAUGCGCCACCAUGCCCAGCUAUUUUUUUUUUUUUUUUUUUUUUUUUUUGCAGAGAUAGGAUCUCACCGCAUUGCCCAGACUGAUCUCAAACCACUGGGCUCAAACAAUGCUCCUGCCUUGGCCUUCCAAAGUGUUAGGAUUACAGGGGUGAGCCAGUACACCCAGCCCAUUUUUUACACUAUUUUUUUACUGUACCUUUUCUAGGUUAGAUUAUGUUUACAUGCGCAAAUACCAUUGUGUUACAGUUGUCCACAAUAUUCAGUACAGGAACAUGCUGCACAGGUGUGUAGCCUGGGAGCAAUAGGCUAUAUACCAUAUAGCCAAGGUGUGCAGUACCUUAUACCCUCUAGGUUUGUGUAAGCACACUUUACGAUACCACAAUGACAAAAUCGUCUAACAGUUGCACACAGCAUAUCCCCAUUCUUAAGCAUGGGAACUAUAUAAUGCCUUUGUUAUAUAUACAUGGCUGUAUAAUAAGGGCUAUAUGAUAAGCCAGAGUUACCAGGGCACUUUGGAAACAUUUAUUUUUAUUUAUCUGAGGCAGAGUCUUGCUCUGUUGCCCAGGCUGGAGUGCAGUGGCGCGAUCUUGGCUCACCGCAACCUCUGCCUUCCGGGUUCAAGUGAUUCUCCUGCCUCUGCCUCCAAGUAGUUGAAACUAUAAGCAUGCACCACCACCCCUGGCUAAUUUUUUUGUAUUUUUAAUAGAGAUGGGGUUUCACCAUGUUGGUCAGACAGAUCUCAAACUCCUGACCUCAAAUGAUCCGCCUGCCUCAGCCUCCCAAAGUGCUGAGAUUACAGGCAUGAGCCACCAUGCCCAGCGGAAACUGUUUUAUAAAUGAGAAAUUGAUUCACAAAAAGGAGUCAGGGGAGGAUAAAGACAAAAGAUCACUUUAGUGGACAGAGAUGUGUCCAAAGUAGUAUUUUGCAGAUAAGAUAUUAAUUCUGUACUUGGUCAUAUACAGUAUGCUAGCAAGUGUGGGGGCUUGUCCGGGGGACGCUGAGUAAACUAUGAGGUCAGUGAGGAUAUAGAGCAAACCGCUAAGGGUAUGUGAGGCGCAGGGUGCCAGCUGGUGAGGAUGAGACUGACUCUGCUAACAGUGCACCCAGAAACAGACACCCAAAGGCAUAGGCCUUGGCAGUUGGUGUGUGACUCCUGAUUGCCACAGCACCAUGUGGGACUCAAUGAGACAUGGGUGUGAUUCCUAGUUCUGCAGGAAUUUGUAAACAAUUACUCAAGCAUGCUGCUUCAGCUGGUGUCUCAAACUGCCUUUUCUGUACUGAAAAUCUGGGCUGUGGACCUCAGCUGAUGAGGAACAUUCCUAUCACAUAAACCUUAUGGCAUUAUCUGAA